CUGACCUCGAGGUGGUGGUGGCCGAAGCGCGUGACCUCGUUGGACCUGACCCCCACGUCGCCGUCGACUCCUACGUGAGGGUGUUCCUUCUGCCUGACAAAUCGACCAACAUGCAGACAAGGGUGUGCCGCAGGACCAACAGCCCCACCUACCGCGAGAGAUUCCUGUUCGCCCUGGAGGAGGAGGAGCUUCCGCACCGCUCCCUCGCCUUCUACAUGUACGCGUCGGACAAGUUCACCAAUACGCUCAUCGGCGAAGCUCAUCUGAAGCUCACUGACGUCGACCUGGCUAAGCCUUUCACCACCACGGUGCCGCUCACGGAUAUGGGGCAGAAAGGUGUAGGUUACGGUGAGAUCAUGUUUUCUCUCUCGUACUUACCCACGGCGGAGAGACUGACGGUGGUCGUGGUGAAGGCGCGCUCUCUACAGUGGAUAGAUGAAAAGGAGUCAGCUGACCCGUUCGUGAAGGUCUACGUCCUGCAGAACGGGAAAAAAGUGAUGAAGAAGAAAACCAGUGUGAAGAAGGACACGCGGUCUCCCGUUUUCAAUGAGGCUAUGAUAUUUAGUGUCCCUGCUCCGGCCCUCCAUAACAUCCAGCUGCGCGUCACGGUGGCCGAGCACAGCACCGACGGAGGGCAGGCGCGGGCGGUGGGGCACGUGAUCGUGGGCACGCAGGCGACGGGCAAAGCUCUCUCUCACUGGAACCAGAUGAUGUCGGCGCUCAGGAAACCCAUCGGCAUGUGGCAUCCCCUGCGGCGAUAAGCGGAGAGGAUGUGGAAGCAGAGAAACAGGGCAAUGAAAUCUUGAAGCAGAAAAUGAGGAAAAAAAUAAGAAAAUGGAGUUAAUGUUUAGGUAUACAUUGUACACAUGCACACACACACACACACACACACACACACACACACACACACACACACAUACAUAUAUAACACGUAAUACAGAAAUAUCAAACAAAUUGUAAAGACUUGAAAAGAAGUGGAACACAAUCACCAAACGGGAAAAUGUUAAGCAGGGCCCGAGAAGAGACCCUAAAUAUAAGGUAUUCGAAAAAUACCAAGUGCACAAACGAUACCACUAAGAUUUCCCCAACAGUGGUUUAUAUUCACUGCAUUUCAUUGCCUUCCCGUAGCACGGCUUACCCCGACAAUGGGUAAAACAAUAGAAUGAUUUUGCAUAUCCCAAAAUAUCAAUAUGACCCUUACGGUUUUUGUACUUUAUCCAGCUCUUCUGCGGUGACUCCGGAGCACGCAUCUUGUCUUUAUAUAUCGCACAAGAACGAAAAGAGGAAAAGGGAAGAAGAGAAAAUGGAAAACAAAUGUGAGAGACAAAAAGAAAAAUACUAAUGAAACGUACAAUGAUGCGUGGCGUUGGUCACAGAUUAGUUAUGAUUAUUGUGAUACAUACAGCUUACAGAGUUUGAUCAUUAUAAGAGCGACUUGAUACGCUUCAUAUCUCUUAUGCUCUGUGUAGCAGCCUUCGAAUCGACUCGCUUUAGGUAACAGCCGGAGAGGACGGACUAACUUACAAGGCCAAAACGAUCCACUCAGCGAUUUGUCAAAACGGAAAUAAAACGCAAUAUCAAUGCUAGCCAUUGAAAGAAUUGCUAGAAUAGAAUUAAACCACAAGUUCUGCUGCCACACUUGUUACAGCAGGAAUGAUCGACUAAAACGACCUGCAAGAGAAUUGUUUGGAGGGAACUAACCACAAGACCAGCAUGGUUCACUAACCGUUAUUAGAGUGGAACUAAGCAGCUAUACCAUCACGACCACCUGAUGAACUGUUUGAAAUGAACUAAACCACGACGUAUUAAAGGACUUAACAGACUCGGAACAGAAAGAAACCACUAGAGACCAAGACGAUCCAUGAACAUAAUUGUUAGAACGGAACUAAAAGCCACGCCCCACAAGACGACUUCUUAGAACCGACCUGAACCACGACGCAAUGAAAACGUUGGCAAAUAAGCCGCCAGCUCAGCACAUCCCACUGAAAGAUUUAUUUGAACAGAACUAAACCGCAAGACCAAUAGGCCCGUUCAAAGGCUUGUUACCGCCCUCGCCCGUCCUCUGCGGCUCUUCCGGGUGGGGAGCGCUGUCAAUGGAGGCCGCUGCACAUCUGCAUAAAACGUGUUACUGCAUUACUCCACCUCUCAUGAUGUCAUUCAGGAGGAAAAUACGUAUCUGUAUCUAUUUUGCAACGUGAUAGAUGUAUGACGAUAGAAUGAGAGACAGAAAUGUUGAAAUACAACACGCAUAUCCAUAGAUGUUGCAUUGUGGUAUAAGUUAGUGCCGAUAUGUGUAGCUGUUCAAAAGAGAGAGAAAAUGUUGAAUGUGUAAAAAAUAUAUAUAUAUAUAAA